AUGAAGAAGUCCAAGACUGAAGCCAUCUAUGGAUGCAUUCGUGACUCUAAGAAUGCUAAGGAGUACUUGGAUGCAGUGAGUCAAAAAUUCAAGGAAUUGGAGAAAGUUGAAACUGGGAAUUUGGUAACUAGAAAACUAAAGGCCCUUGACAUUCCCAUAGCCAAUCCUUUUCUGAUUCACCUUGUUUUGAACUCCCUUCCAUCACCAUAUGGUUACCUCAAGGUGAUUUAUAAUGCUCAAAAGGAUAAGUGGGAUCUCAAUGAGCUAAUCUUAGUUUGUGUUCAAGAGGAGGCUCAAAUCAAGAAGGUAAAUGAGGCUAAUAUUGUACACCUUACCACAAAUUCCCCCAAACUACAUCACUCUAAGCCAAGCUCAUGUACUUUUGCCAACAAAGAUAACUCCAAGGCAAAUCCUCCUCCUAAAAAGUCUAUCAGUUUAAAUGCAAAUACCAUCUUAAGUGUUACUUUUGUGACAAGACAUGCCACUUAA